AUGAAUCUGCCAUUGUUAAACAUAGUCGCAGUGGAGGAACAGCAGAGAUCGGCCUCAUUGGGACUGGAUAACUGGCAGAGAAAACCAAAACAAGAUUUUUUGAGAGGGAGAGUGUUUCAUCCGCAUCACAACAACAACAACAACAACAACAACAAAACGUCUAGAUUUUCCUCACCAGCAGAACCACUCUGCCAGAAGUGGGCUGUUUUUUCCUUCUUGAAAGCAUGGAAACACAGUCCCAAACCAACAACAACAAAAGCUUGGCUCAAAACUCUCCUGCAAGACAUUCAAAACAGUCAGCCCAACCAAGAUUGGUGCACAGUGGUGAUUGUUCCAGAUAGAAUAAAGGGUACCAGUACUACGAGUAGGUUUGAAGUAGACAUCACCAUCAGCGUGAUCACACUGGGGCAGAUCAAGCAACAAGGAGGCAUGUCUGGCGAGUUUGCCAAGGCCUUGCUACUUCAGUUAUCUUCAUCCAACAUGGAGGCUGCAUACAAGAAUGCUGGCUACCUCUAUGCAAUCCAGCAUGGAGCCAAAUACAUUUUGGAUUUGGACCAAGGCCCAGGCAUGGUAGCAGCCUGGAAGAGUCUUGAGGAAACCAUGUUCAAUCAAACAAACAGCAGCUCUCUUGAUGUAGAUGUCCCAUUGAUUGGCGCAAGGAAAGUACUCAAUUCACAUGCCUUUGCUUUACGUGAUACAAGGAUGGCAGCUUCUUGGCCACGCGGCUACCCCAAAGCCCAUGGGCCACCACAGCGCGCCAAGCUCGCCUUUUCCAAAGAUGUCAACAAGAACAGCAUUGGUGUUGUGCAUCAGAUAUCAGGCACGAACCCAGAUGUUGACACGCAAGGUUGCCUGAUGAUUACACCUUGCCUCAUACGUUCCACAAUGAGUGGCCCCAAGAAGAACCCACUGUUGGUACCCAAGCGAGCGUUUGUGCCCUACAAUGCCAAAGCAACACUCCAUACACCAGCUACUCUUUGGGCGACACUUUUGCCCAUGUCACUACCAUUACGGAUAGCUGACAUUUGGCGUUCCUACAUGGCUCAAGCUUUGUUUUUUGAUUUGGGCUUACAGACCAUGAUCGUGCCACCAAUGAAAAAUUCAAAUAAUGGAAUGCCAUCCAAGGAUCCCUUGUGCAUUCCAAAUACACAUGACCUGGAAUCUGAUGUUGCCUUCUACACACAAGUGCCGGAACUGCUGAGGCUUCUAGAGCAAUACAAUGCCGUUGAUGCAGCAUCCAUACCCUACAGGCUAGAAGCACUGUGGAUUUAUCUAUAUGAACAAGAUAUCAUCGCAGAGGAUGAUGUGACAAUGAUGCAGCUCUGGGGUCAAGCACUACUAGAGGAGAGUCCCUACGAGUUUCCAAACUUUGGGGAUGGUGAGCUAGUCAGGCAACCAUACUUGCGAAAUGUGGUUCUCAUGGGCCAAUUCAACUUUGCAUCAACACCCAAGACAAUUUUCACUUCAAAUGGAGGUGUCUUGGCGCCUGAGGUAAUCAGCCAAUUGGCAGAGCAGUCUGGUAGUAGUGUGCAGUUGAAAAGUGACAACAAGCACCAGAAUACUAUUAGUCUGGUGAUUGAAGAGGACAAUGCAGAUAUGGUGGCCUUUUGGGUGCAGAAGUGGAGAGAAUUCUCUGCAAAUGUGGAGGUGCGGGGACCCUUUUCUCCACAACAACUACAAGUACUUCGGGGUGAAUAUGAGAUUGAUGCCCAUGGCAUGGAUGGCAUAAUAUCCCAGCACCAUUGGAACUACACUUUGCAUGAUAAAGGAUUGUACUCACCCAUUGCAAACCUUGUCCAAUCAUUGGAAAUGCACCAACACCGUCCUGAAAUUGAAGGUGUAAUGUAUGUGCAUGAUGACAUGUUGCUCAGCAUUUAUGAUCUCAUCCAAGGGGCAGGCCAACAUUCGUUGUCAAAGUUUCCAUCUGACAAAUUUCUGGCUUCAGGGCAAGGCACACGGGAGAGCUUUUUUGACCCACGGACCGUUGUGGACAAGGAAGCCAUCAGCAGACGGGCCUACUAUGUCCACCCUGACGGAAACUAUUCCAAACCCAAUGGUCAAACGUUCAUGGAUCAGACCUCAUUGAUGGAAUCACUGGAAUAUUGGCCGUGGAACCCAGAUUACUGCAUCCCUCCCCUAGCAGAGCUUGCAAGGGAUUCCAGGAUGGACCCAUACAGAGAAACUGAUGGUGACUCAGUUGGUUCCAUUCUUGUCCCUCCAUGGGAACCAUCGGAUUUCCUGUUUGUGCCAAUGAAGUUUGCAGACAACUUUGUCAAAGUGGCUAGUUUGUUUCUGGAUCACGGGGUUUUCUUGGAAUGUGCCAUUCCAACAAUUGUGGACAUGAUCCGCAAAACUCAUACACCGUCUGAGGGAGGAGAUGACAUAAUUCAGACCCGGAAUCUGUGCUCUAGCUGGGAUGAGAAUGUGCGCAACAGCAACACAAUGAUCACAAUGUGCCUUGACAAAGAAAAGCUGAAUCAGGGGAAUGCUGGCUCAGCAACAACAAAUAAUGGCUUUGGAAUGUACCAUCCCUACAAGCUUUCAAAUGGGCUCGCAAAAUGGGAUGCCAUGUUUGAUCUGGUGGCCAUGGCGGGCAUGGCAGUGGAUUGA